UUUAUUUUGAUCUGCACGAUGACUGUCUUCCGCCUGUUGUUGCAAAGAUGAGAUAAGAAACAAAUUUCUUUACUUUAACCUGCCGUUACUUUAACACAGCCAAGCGUAAAAGCAAAAGACUUCGCUUAACGGAACACAACAUAUGCCAUUACCAAGGAUAUGACAGACUCGGAAAGAGAGCUUUAAAACUUGAAAGUGGAUCUGCAAGCUUUCCCACUUAACAGUGGAGAAGGACAGUCUGCAUCAAUUGGCAAUGGCAAAGGUGUGGAAACAUAAAAUUUUUAUUACAUAUAUCCAAAAAAGAGGUUAAAAGAAGAGAAAAGAAAAAAACUACCCCGGUGUCGUAGAUUUGGUAAUCUUGUUGUACAACUAAACUAAUAUUAUAUUAUUAUUUGUAUAAAAAAAAGAAUUAAUUCAUGAUGAUCUCACUGUUAUGUGAGCUAAGCUACCCUCGUCUUAUCCAUCUCUGAGAACCUGACUCAUCUCUCCUUUUCUCUCUCUCAAUAUGCUCACAAACGCACGCAUAAAUCUCUGCCCUCUGCAACCAACUUUGCAUCUACUAUCCUCUCUAUUACCACUACAUCUGAAUCUCUCUUGUUUUUCCGAAAAACGACUUUAAAUUUCUUUCCCUGUUUUGGAAGCCUUUCAGAUGCGCUUUUGUAUAUAGGCCCCUUGCUGCCUUUUAAAGAACCCAAACCAAACCUCCUCAAAUGGCUUCUCUUCUUUGGUUUUAGAGUUUUUAGUGCUUCUCUUCAUAUAUUGCAUUUUACUAACCCUUGCUACCCAUUCAUUCACAAUUUAAUCACAAGUACCUUUUUUUUGGGCCACAACAAUCACUAGUACCCUUUUGUUACAAAUCCUACCCUCCCUUUCUUAUUUCUCAUUGCGAGACAAACACUACAGCUGUGUGAGAAGAUGUUAGCAGUGGAAGAACUUUUAAGCGAACUUACUGGGGAAGAAGCAAACGAGCAGGGUUUGCCGCCGGGGUUUAGAUUUCAUCCCACUGAUGAAGAACUGAUAACUUUUUAUUUGGCUUCAAAGGUAUUUAAUGGAAGCUUCUGCGGAGUGGAGAUUGCUGAGGUUGAUCUUAACAGAUGUGAACCUUGGCAGCUUCCGGAUGUGGCCAAAAUGGGGGAAAGGGAGUGGUACUUCUUCAGCCUGAGGGACAGGAAAUACCCAACUGGACUGAGAACAAAUAGGGCCACCGGAGCUGGGUACUGGAAAGCCACAGGCAAAGAUAGGGAAGUGUACAGUGCCUCAAGUGGAGCCCUUCUUGGCAUGAAAAAAACCCUUGUAUUCUACAAGGGCAGAGCCCCCCGUGGCGAGAAGACCAAGUGGGUCAUGCAUGAGUACCGUUUGGACGGUGACUUCUACUACCGCCACACGUGCAAGGAAGAAUGGGUGAUUUGCAGAAUAUUUCACAAAACAGGUGAGAAGAAAAAUGCCCUUGCUCAAGGAUCACGCUAUAUCUUGGAAGUUUCAUCUCCAACAACUUCCUUGCCUCCGCUGCUUGAAACACCAACAGGUCCAACACCCUUUUUAUUAGAAUCUCAAUCUCAAACUCCAAUGCAGGCCCAGAACCCUUUUCUUAUUCACCGCCAAGAAAAUGACCUGAAAAGCCUACUAAACCCAGUUGUCUGUCAAUCCCUACUCUUUCCGGCUAAUGGGUUCCAACCCUCCCUUUCAACCACUCCCACGGCCACCAUAAUCACUUCCACUAUUACUAGCACAACGAACAAGAACGCUAGUGUCACAAACACAAACAACGACCCAUCAGCAUCGGUGCUCUUCAAGUCCCUCCUCUCGCAACAAGAUUGCAUUUUGAAGGAACAAGCCGCUAUUCCCAAACAGUGCAAGGCAGAUUCUAACUUUUCCCAUUUCCAACUGCCUGGUGCCACCUUGAACUGGAUGGACAGGAUUCAUCCAAGCCCAUGCCAAAAUCCCUUGUUUUUUGAGAUGGAUUAUAGUGUGUUGGGGUUCUCUGAAGGUGUUACUGCUGGGGACACUUCCGUCCAUGACAUGUCCACUUCAAUUGCUUUCAAUAGGGCCAGCGUUCAGAUGACGUUGGAUCCUCCCAUCAGAACCUCUGGAGAUUCUUGGCCGCUAGAUUGUUAAAAGAUCUUGUAUUGGUAGGACCCUAUUUCGAUGAUGACUAUAUAUUUUCCGUAUACGUAGUAUUUAUUUAUAUAUAGAAUCUUUAACUGUAUGUGCUCUUGGGGUAAAAUGUAAAAUGAGUGGCUUACUUCUACCCAAACUCCAAAGGCAAUCCAUUCAUGUAUCUUUCUAGGAUUGGAGAAAAUCCUUCAGCAAAUUAAAGACAUAGCAACCGAUUGUGUUACCAUUUGUAUUUGUAUCUGUAUUUGAUAUAUUACGGAACUUCCUACUCCUUUUAAGUAUUUCUUCUCUUUAAAAUUUUCAGCAAAAGCCAUGAAACAUUGGGAUGGAGUGUGAGGUGAGAGAGCAUGGAAAUGGAAAAGAAGGCCAAAAAGGGCCAGUGAGCAGCGAAAGUUUUAGUUUGAUGUGACGCCACGGAUGAUUUUAUUACAGGCGUUUACAAUAUUUGACGUCACCAAUAAGUAUGAUUGAUUUGAUGAUGGGGUAGGGUGCCCUUUCCCUUCCUUAAUUAAUUUCCUUCGGGCCUUGCAUGCGUGACCAGACUUGUACCUAAGUUAGAAGGGGCUUCGCGUAGGGAGACAAGGGGUUUAGACAGGGAUAUCCCGAUCCAGGAAAGCAUUUAUUAUGUAUCAUUAAUAAAGUCAUUAUUGGAUUACAAUGUCAUCAUCAAUUAGUUCGGCAAUAAUCAUGCCACACAUAGAUUCUCUCUACUCCUUGACUUGUCUCUGUCCAUGUACAUUAGUUUUUUACUCUUUUCC